AUGGAUGAACGCCACUGGUGGAUUGCAGCAAAAGUUGAACAAACAUUUGGCAUUGAUAAAACUUCAACUGCUGAUGCGUCAUUUACUGAAUCGUUUUUUCGUCGACCUGAUGUAGUCGAGAAAAUGAAUAGUUUUUUAUUUGCAAAAGGCUCAAAUAAAUUAUUUUUUUAUACAACGCGUGAUCGCCUUGCGUCAAAAGAUAUAGCAUGUUGUCAAACUAUUGUUGAUGAAUUUGCUAUUGUUAAUGAACCAUUGGAUAAUAUUAUUUUACUAUAUUUUAUUCGUUCGGAUACCAGUUCAGAUGCAACGAUAUCACCUGCAUCUGAUAUUUAUUGUGGAGAAAUCAAACAUCCAGCACAAAUGACACCGUUGCUAUACUCGCAAACCUUAUUACAAUUAUUUAAGAAAGAAUUAGUAGCUAGCUCGCAUGAUAGUUCUAAUAGAACAGCUACAAAAGCGGCUAUUGUUACUCAAAUGGAAAGAUACAUCGAUGGAAUUGGUGCAACAUGCCAUUCUUUACAAAAAGAUAAGAAUUUACUGCUAAAACGAGUUGAUGCUGAAAUGAUAAGUCAAUUAAAACAAAAUGUACGUUCAACAGUUGAUACUCCUGUCAUUCGUAAUUGUGAACCAUUAGUUUUAUCCUGGAUUGCAACUAUUGAGAAUGUUCUUCAAGAUAUAUUCGGUGAAGACUCAAUGCAUCCAUCACUUGGUCCAUUGAGUGAAAUUGAUCGAUGGACACGUAAACAACGUUUAAUUAAUAAUUUACUUGAACAAUUAAAAUCUAAAGAAUGCAAAGCAGUUAUUGGUGCAUUGAUUACGUCAAAAUCAAAAGUUAUUCGAAAAUGGAAAGCAAUUGAUGUUUCAAUAACUGAAGCACAAAACGAGUGCCGUGAUAAAACAAAAUUUCUUGAAUCGAUUCGUCGUUAUUUAGAAAGUUUAACUGAAGAUGCGCAUCCACAAAAUUGUGCUGUAAAUAUUCUGCCUGCUUUAUGUGAUGCUAUGCGAACUGUCGAGUCAGUAUCAAGAUACUACGCUAGGCAAGGUUAUUUAGGCUUAAUUUUUACAAAAGUUACCAAUCAAUUAGUUAAAAUUUGUAAACAUCAUAUCGAUGAUGAUUUAACACAAUUAUGGCCCAAGCUUUUUGAUGAAAUUCAACAUGGACAAUUAAUUGAUGACAUCAAAGAAAAUUUUCAUCUUGAUAAACGAGAUGUAAAACGCUUUCGUGAAGUUUCAAAAGGAUCCAUACCAUUAGAAACAAAUUCGAUAAAUGAAAGUACAUUUCAACAUUUAAAAAAUUGUCUGCUUUUACAAGCAUCGUACAAAGAAGCAUUUCGUACUUUACGAGAUGCACUCGGUGGUGCACAAAUGUUAACUGCUACAGCAUUUUCAGCGGCAUCGUCAUCAACAUUAAGUGGGGCCACGAGUGGUCAUCCAACUGAAAGUCAUUCAAGAUAUCAUAUCAGACACUCAAGUGGAAUUUUAAUGUCGCAAGAUGAAAAAAUUUUUCAACAUUUCGAUGAAUUUUGUCGUCGAAUUGAACAAAUGCUUGAUAUGACAGUUAUACUCAAUCAAUUGUCACAACUUGUCACAUCAACUAUUCGAUUGCCGAAACCAAAACGAACCGACUUAACUGAAGCAGAAUCUGCAGUAAAUCGUGCAGAUGUACGAAAACGUGAAGAAAAAGAUAAUGAUGGUGAAGAAAGAGAAGACGAUAAUAAUGAUAAUAAUAAUAACAAUGUUGAAACUGCAUCGGAUGAAGGUAUUGAUGAUGAAGGUAGUGAUUCAGGUACAGCACCAAAUGAUUAUCUCAUUUCAACUGUAUCAAAAGCUGAUCUUGAACUAAUGAAAAAACAUUGUGAUGAUGAUGAUUCUUUGUCAUUAAGCGCAUUUAUUGCUAAUGGUGUUAUACAACUUAAAUCAAUUUUAACAUCAAAUAACAUAUCGAAUGAAGAUGAAAAAACAAAAUUUGAUUUAAUUCAUCAACAUUUUACUUUAUUAACACGUGAAUUCGAACAAUACAUUGGUGCUUAUGUUAAUGUGAUGUUUUCAAAAACAAAACGUACACAUGAAGGUUUAACUAUUUUAGCCAGUUUUGAACCUGUUUGUGAACGACAAUAUCUUCGUUCAAUUCUUCGAGAUGCUUACGUUAAUUUAUUUCUCAAUUUUGAGAAUGAUUUGUUGGAUAUUCGAACAGUAUUUGAAGCACACAAAGAUAAUCCACCAUUACCUCGAAAUUCUCCUCCUGUACCAGGUGCUAUUGCUUGGUCACGUACACUAUUAACAAAAAUUGAACAAGCAAUGGAUGUGUUUAAAUUAAAUCGACAUAUUGUUACAUUAGGGAAUUUUCCAAUAAUCUCAAAACUUUAUAAUCGUACAGCUAAAGCAUUACUUGUCUAUGAACAAUUGUUAUUAACACGAUGGAAAGAAAAGAUUGAUGCAUGGAAAGAUCAUUUAAAUGCUAAUUUGUUAUGCUUAGUUGAUGAUGAAGAAGAAAAUCAUAAACGAAUAGAAAUAAAUUCAAAUAUUGAAUUAUUUUCUAUAUUUGAUGAAGUUAAAUGGUUUAAACGACUUGAUGUUGAUAUUCCCAAAGCAGCGUAUAUUUGCAUGCAAAAGGAACAAACAUUUAAACAUUACAAAUCUCUACUCGAAGAUCUUCUCUCACGUUUUCGAGAUUUACAAUCUCGCAUUUAUUCACCAUUUUAUCCUCUGUUUACUACUUACUUGUCGCAAGUUUAUCGCGCAUUUGAACCCGGUUUACAUACAUUAACAUGGUCGAGUCUUAACAUAGAUGCGUAUAUAGCUAAAGUUCAUCGUGCGUUGGAUCGUUUUGAAGCAUCCAUAUCGAAUAUAAAUACAUUAAUAGCAAAAAAAAUCGAUGACAUACUCGAUAAUGAAUUAAUGAGCUCUUCGUGUCUUUUAUUUUCAAUUGAUUAUGUUCGCUCAAAAUUAUGGUCACCAACAGAAUUUGUUGAAAAUAUGCGUUUACAUUUAAAUGAACAGUCAAUACUAAUUGGUGAAAAAUUAAAUCAAAUUCAACAAACAUUUCAAGAAGUUGAAGAUAUGUUAAAAUUAAAUAUGACUGGACAAAAAUCACGUUCAUCAACGUCGUCAACACGAAGAGCAAAAACAGCAACACCUGCCGUUACAAACGAAGCUAUGAUGGCAUUUAUUCGAUACUAUCAUGAUAAAAUGAAUCAUUGUAUACGAAGAAUAAUUGAACGAACAUUAAUGACUUACAUUGAUUUACUUUCUAUUAGCGAAACAAAAUAUUUAAUUGAUCAAACGAAAUUAAUUCGAUUUUUAUUUGAAGGACAAGAUAGCGACGAAGAAAUAGUUCAUAUUGAUACACAACGAAUCAGAAUUAGUUGUACUAUGCAAUAUGCUAUACCCGAAAUAAUUAUUGAUCCACAAUUAAAAUUUUGUCAAGAACGUAUUUGUGACAUUGCUUAUGCGAUUAUUGGCUGUGAAAAACAAAUUAGUCAAUCUGCUGGUUUCGACAAUGAGACUGCCGUUCGUUUAUCAUUAACAAUUCAAGCAGAUGCUCAUUUAUCUAAUUUAAUUAAUCGUUUAUCAUCAAUUGAUACAGAUGUAGCGCGUACAUCUCAAAGUGCUGUACAGUAUAUUCGUACAUUUGAUUUUCUGUGGCGUGACGAUUCUCAAUUGCAAUAUCAAACAGUUAAUCAACAAGAUGAUAAUGGUGAUGAUUAUACGAUAACUGUUGAUCCUGAUGUUAUUCCAUCGAUAGAAGUUCGUAACUAUUUACAAAAUGAACUUCAACGCUUGUCACAAAUUGAAGGACGUCUUAAUAUAUUACCACAUGAAAUUCAAAUUGGUUGUAUUUGUGUUGAAACAAUUCCAAUUUUAAAUUCAUUGAAAACAUUUGUAUUCAGUUGGAAAACUCAAUAUGCUAAAUUGUUACAUAGAUUUGCUAAGUCUGAACUUGAUCAAGUUGUUGCUUAUCGACAACAAGUUCAAUUAAGAUUUAAUGAUGAUGUAUCGACACUUGAACAAUUAGAUGAAGCUUUAAUUCUAUUAGAAGAAUUAAGUGAAAUGGAAAAUAAAAUUGAUUCAAUUUAUUUACCAAUUGAAACAACUUAUAUACUUCUUGAUAAAACGUAUAAUAUUCCAAUUCCACGUGAUGAACUUCAAGAAUGUUCACAAUUGCGAGAUAAAUGGUCAGAAUUAAUGUCAAAUGCAGAUCGCGUACGAAGACAAUUAUUACAAGAGCGUCGGCAACAAUUAGAACAAGAAUUAGAUAAACAAGUUAAAUCAUUUGUUGUUGAAGUUAUUCGAUUUCGAAAUUCAUUCGAUGUCGAAGGACCUAAUGUACCAGAUUUAGGACCAUUAGAAGCAGCUAAACGCUUAAAAGAUUUUCAAGGACAAUAUAAAAUUAUGCAUCGACGUAAACAAACACUAAAUUCAAUAUCAACUUUAUUUAGUUUACAACCAAAACAAUUUCCUGAAUUAGAUAAAACCGGAGAAGAGCUGCUAUUACUUGACCAACUUUAUAUAUUAUAUAAAAAGUUAAUUGCAUUUGAUACAACUUUUCGCGCAACGCUCUGGUCUGAUGUUGAUUUAAAUCAAAGUAAAAGUGAACUUAAUCAACUCUGGGCAGAAUUUUGUGAUUUACCAUCAAAAUUACAAGAACGUAUUUGGACAGCGUAUUUUGAUUUAGAAGGCCAUUUAAAAAAAUAUCUUCAAUUGUUACCAUUAUUAUUUAUGUUAAAUGCUCGAGAAAUUCGUAGCCGUCAUUGGUUAAAAGUAAUGCAAAUAACAGGAUGCUCAUUUCAAUUAGAAUCAACUGUAUUUAAAUUAAACGAUUUAUUAGAUAUAUCAUUGGAUAAGUAUCAAAACGAAAUUUCUGCUAUUUGCUUUUCGGCACAAAAAGAACUUGAAUUGGAAAUAAAAAUGCGUAGCAUCGAAGAAGAAUGGACUGAACAAAUACUUAAUUUUGAACCCUAUAAAGAUUAUGGUUUAAUUCUAUUAGAAAAACGUUAUGUUGAAAAUUUGCUUGAACAUUUAGAAGAUGGUGAAGAAACACUUGCUCAAAUGUUAACAACACGUUUUAUUGAGCCUAUGCGUGAAGAAGUAGCAUCAUGGUCUGAAAAAUUAAAAGCUAUAGGUGAAAUUCUUGAACUUUGGCUUGAAGUUCAAGAUAUGUGGUUAGGUGCUGAAAAUAUAUUCAAUAAUCCAUCAGCUGGAAAAGAUAUAUCAUUAGAAUCUAAACGAUUCGUACGUGUUGAUAAGACGUGGUUAAAAACUCAACGGCAAUCAUCUGAAAUUCGUAAUGUUUUACAAUGCUGUUUAAGUGAGCCACCAAAGAAGGGUAUAUUAAAAGAAAUGCAAAAAGAAUUAGAAAUAUGUAACAAAUCAAUAUCAUUAUAUUUGGAUCGAAAACGUCAGAUAUGUCCACGUCUUUAUUUUCUUACUAAUCGCACGUUAAUAUUAUUACUCAGUCGACAAGAUACUGUUUAUUAUGUAAAACAACAAUUUCAAUCGAUAUUUAAUGGAAUUCGUGAUCUUAGAUUAUCUGUUAACAAUAUGGAUCAAUCGAAAAUUGAUGAAGAACGACGGACAACUGCAACAAGUGAAUCUCGUUCUCAUGGUGAAUUUGUUGUUAUAAAUCAACAAGAUAUUAUACAAGUCAUGAGUGAUGAUGGUGAAUGUAUGUCAUUAUGUCGUCCUAUACCACUACAAAAAUCUGUUGAUCAAUGGAUUAGUCGUUUACAAGACGCUGUUGCUGAAACAAUUCGAACAGAUAUUUCUUCAUGUAUUAAAGAUCUUGAUAAUGGUUUACCAUAUGAAGAACUUGUUGCUAAAUAUACAUGUCAAGUAUCAUUAGUAGGAUUAUUGUAUGGAUGGACUCGUGAAGUUGAACAAGGUAUUAUUGAAUGUAGAAAUGAUCGAAAGGGAUUAAAUACAGCGUCAAAACGUUUUACAUCAUUAAUACAAAAAAUACCAUCGACAUUAUCACGUUUGCAAUGGAAAACACCAGCACAACCAGUUUUGCCCAUACAUAAAUUACGUUUAGAAGGACUCCUUUCGCUAGCAGCAUUUUUACGCGAUAAUUUCGAUGCACUUAGUUCACGUCGACGUGAAAUAAGCCAAAAAGAUUUUGAUUGGCGACGAUGUUUUCGAGUUUAUCCACAAACAUCUUCUACAGGAUCCGAAGUUAAAUCUAUCGAUGGAAGUUUAACAUCAUCAAAUAUCUUUGCUGAGCCGGUUCGUAUGCAAGUAUUAGAUGAUGCAUUUCCUUAUGGAAAUGAGUUUUAUGGAAUUCAUCAAACAUUAUGUAUUACACCAGCAACAGAAAAAUGUUUUCUUGGUGUAUGGCUUGCUUUAUCUUUUAAACGACCUGUUAUUGUACAAGGAAAUACAGCUGUUGGAAAAAAAUAUACAAUCAUGAGUUUGGCUCGUUUUCUUGGUCGAUUCGUUGCUACAUUCGAAUGUUCUCAACAUGUUGAUGCAUUAGCUGCUUGCAUGUUUACAACUGGAUUAGUAUCAGAUGGUUGUUGGGGUAUUUUUAAUAAUAUUCAUACUCUACCAGUGAAUGUUUUAUCUCCACUUGCUGAAUAUAUAACCUUAAUUUCCGAUGCUCUUCGAGCAAAUAAUGCAUCUGCAACAAUUAUUUCAGAAAGCAAAGAGAUUCCUAUACGAGUAUCUGUUGGUAUAAUUGCAACACGUAAUCCUUUUGCUGUUAAUUCAAACCAUGACAACCAUUCUAUUUUAUUAUCUGAAAUUCGAUCUCGUUUUCGUAUUGUUUCAAUCGUUAAGCCCGAAGUUGAUCAAAUUUUUCGCAUAAAAUGUUUCGAAUAUAACUUCAAAAACCCAAAUGUUAUUGCUGAAAAAAUUUCUCUUCUCUAUGAAAUAAUUCGGUUAUAUUUACCGAUUGAUCAACGUUCGAUUAUUUCUGUAACAUCUUUUGUUGAUUUACUUCAAUAUGUAAAUAAUCUAAAAAAACCUGCUAAUUCAAGACCAAAUAGUAUGGCAUCAAGCGGACAGAAAAUCGAUGAUGCUAAACGUCCUUUAACGAUGAAAACAAGUUCUUAUACUGGUGUCAAAUCGGAUCAAUUAUUAAUAGCUCAAGCAUUUAUUGAUGUUAUCGGUGCUCGACUAAAUCCUGAUUAUGGGAAAACUUUUCGAAUAUUUGUACUUGAAAUAUUUGUUGGACGAGAUGAAUCGAAAAUGGCAUCGUUAAAUACGACUAGUGUUACACUCGAAAAAACCAUAAGUGAUAAAGCAUCAGAUCAUGAUUUUAUACCAAAAAAGGUUUGGAUUGGAAAAUGUAUGCAAAUGGUUCAUGCAGCAAAUGUUGCAAAAAAUAUGGUUUUAUGCGGAUCAACUCAUAGUGGUAAAUCAAGUGCAGCUAAAUUAAUGAUUGAUGUAUUAACACAAAUGCAGCAACAACAACAAUUACAAACAUCUAGUCAACAACAGAAAACAUCAUUAGGUCCACAGGAAGCAAGUUAUACACAAGAAAUUACUGCACAAACUCAUAAACUCUAUCGAAUUAAUCCAUUAGCGGUUGAAUCAGAAAAUGUUUUACUUGGUUAUCAUACAUUGGCUAAUGAUUGGCAAGAUGGUAUUCUUACAUCAAUGUUACGUAAAGCUAAUCGAAAUUGUCAUACAAGUUGGAUUUGUUUUGAUGGUAUAGUGAGUCGAACAUGGGCUGAUUUAGUACCAUCCAUAUUAGAAAAACGAUCAUCAUUACAAAUACGUAAUGGAGAUAAAUUAUUUUUACUUGAUCAAGUAAAAUUUAUGUUCGAGACAUUAUCAUUAACUGAUGCUUCACCAUCUUUUAUUGCGAAUUCAACUGUUAUUUACUUUGAUAAAUCUGUUAUUGAUUGGAGAAUUAUUACAGGUGCUUGGCUUAAGGAUCGACGCCCAUUGGAAGUUGAAUGUCUUCAAACUUGUUUUGAUAAAAUAAUGGAUCCAAUAAUGUUGUUUCUUAAAGAAGAAUGUUCAAAAUCCAAUUUUUAUUCUGAAAUGAGCUUAUUUUCUGUUAGUCUUCGUUUAUUAGACGCUAUAUUACGUGAUAGUACUCAUGUUACAACUAAUAUUCAUGUUGAACGGUUUUUUAUAUUCAGUUUAACAUUUGUUCUUAAAGCUGUGCUUAGUGCUGAUGAACAAAAACGUUAUUCCGAUUUAUUAAAAACCUUAGUUACAGUUUUGCCCGAUGAUGAUAGAGAAAUAUCUGUAUUUGAUUAUUAUGUUGAUGAAGCAUGUGAAUGGGAUUUAUGGACAGCUAAAGUUGAUGAACUUAAUGAAAAUAUUCAAGAUCGUAUUGAUAUUUUUGGCAAUGUACUUCUACAAACAGUUGAUUUAGCUCGUGCGCAAUACUUUCUUAAAUAUGCUUCAUUGGCACAAGUUAAUGUCUUACUUACUGGUACAAGUGGUUCAUGUAAAUCAUUUUUAUUAGACACAUUUCUUGGUGGAUUAGAUCAAGCACAUUUUAUGGCAACGCGUCUAAAUUUUUCAAAAGCAACAAAUUCAGUUGACUUACAAAAAUUUAUCGAAGCUAAUGUUGUUCAUCGACAAGGUUUUACAUAUGGUGCUCCAUUGGCAAAAAAACUUUGUUUAUUUAUUGAUGAUUUACAAGCAUCGACAAUGAGUGGAUCAGAAAAGUUUAAAAAUGCUCCUGAAUUUCUUCGAACGCUUGUUGAUCAUCAUCAAUUUAUAACACAACAGAAGCCGUAUGAAACAAGAAUAAUUGAUGAUUUUUCAAUAUUUGCUACCGUUACAAUACCAUCAGCUGGUGAUCAAUCAUUAAUGACACUUCAUCCUCGAUUACUGCGUCAUUUUGCGAUAAUUAAUUUACCAACAAUAUCUGGAACAAAUCUACGUCAAAUUCUAACAAGUGUCAUUGAUGUUAAUAUGAUGGCAUAUGGUAAAACUCCAAUAAAUCAAGAUAUUUCAUCAAAAAUUGUUGACGUUUUAACUGAAACACUUCAACGUAUUCAACGUGUUCUUCAACCAAGUCCAAUAUCUGGACGUGAACAUUAUCUAUUUUCACUGCGUCAUAUUAUAAUAGCAAUACAAAGUUUAAGAAAUAUUGAUGUACAAGCAAGAAAUCAAACAACAUUCGUAGCACCUUUUCUUAAACAUGAACUGUAUAGAAUUAUUCAUGAUCAAAUUGUUCGAGAAAUCGAUCAAUAUUGGUUUAAUGAUACAAUAAAUGAAAUUUUCCGAAAUGCAUUUAAUUGGGAUAAAAAUGAAAGCGAUCAUCUUUAUUUUACAUUUCCUCUUGAAGGAAGAAGUUAUGAACGUCCACUCAAUUCACUUAUCAUUAAAGAAAUUAAAAUUCAAAUUCAACCUGUUGAAUCAAUUAGUCAACUUCGUAAAGCUAUUGAACAAGUUGCAAUGCGUUAUAGAGAAGAAUUUGGUCAUCAUACAUUUACUUUACCAGUUUCAGAAAACAUAGCUUUGCAUAUAAUACGUAUGCAUCGAGUUGUAUCUCAUUCAUCAUUGAGCAAUUUAUUUGUUAUUGGUACCAUUGGUUCUCAUUUAUCAAAAUUAGUUCGAUUAGCAUUUUAUUUAGCUGAAAUUCAAGAACAUGCUAUUGACUAUUCAACGAAGAGUUCAUUUUAUGAUAGUUUAAGAGGUGUUAUUAGAACAACAGCUGUUGAAGGACGACAUAUUGGAAUUUUACUGACACACAAACAUUUACGUGAAAAAGAUAUAAUCGAUACUAUUUCUUCGUUAUUAACAAGCUAUGAAUGUCCUCAUCUAUUUAGUAAAGAUGAACUUGAUGGACUUUAUCAGGCAGUAAUAAAUGCAUACAAACGAGAUCAAAAUUUAUCAACAGUUGUUAUAGCUGACCCACGACGAUAUUUUCUCUCAAGAAUUCGUCAAAAUCUUCAUAUUGCUAUUACUUUACCAGCACAUAGUGAACUUCAUGGCCAUAUACCGACUGAAUAUCCCGGUUUACUUAAAAACACUCAAAUCUAUUGGGUUAAAAAUUGGUCACCAUCAGCUCUUCAAGUUGAAUCUUCGUUUUUUCUAUCAUCACAUGAUACAUUUCUUUCAGAUGACAUUCGUCAACGUUUAUCUCGUUGUUUAUGUGAUAUUCAUUAUUAUAUGCUAAAUGAAUGCCGUCAAAUAUCAUUUGUUGGUUCAACGGAUCGAACAAUAAUCGUUCGUGAAAAUGCACCAAAUCUAAAUUCUUCAUUUACAACUGGAGCUGGAACAUCAAAAGAACAUGUUGUAUCAAAAAAGAAUCUGCAUAAAGAAGCAAAAGAGAGCAAAAUGAUUGAUGUUGAAUUACCAAAUUAUCCAUAUUCACGAAUACUUUUGUAUGAACAAAUAAAAAGUCAUGGUACAGGUAAAUCAUCAUCAACAUCUCAAUUACAUACAUUUGUUGGGCCAGACACAUUUCGUCGGUUUAUGCAAUCAUUUUGGUAUUUAUUUACAUCAAAAGCAGCUGUUUGUGAACGUGAUAUAAUAAGAUUAAGUAAAGUCUUAAGUACAUUAAAUAAAACACGGCAAGAUGCUGAACAAAUGAAAAAUUAUAUACAAGAAUUAAAAGAAAAAUGUUCAGCUAGUGAAACGGAAACAGCAUUACUUUUAGAAGAAGUUAUUUAUAAAUCAAUGGUCCUAGAGAAAUUAAGAGCGAAGCAUGCAUUACCUGGAUCAUUACCUGGGUAUAUUCAUCGAGACGAAAAAGAUGACUUUGUAUUACCUGAAGAAGAAAGAAAAUGGUUGAUGGACGAUGAAGCAGAUGAAUACGAAGAAAACUUUAAACGAAUGAAAGAAGAAUCAUUAAGAUCUCGUCAAGUUAAAAUGCAAGAAGAUUAUGAAGAAUCAUUACGUGAAGUUGACAAAUGGCGUGAACGACUAGCAAAUAAACGAAAGGAAGUUGAAUAUUGGAUGAAUAAAGUUGAUAAAUCAUGUAUUGAAAGAAUACGUGCCUUUCAAACGCCGCCUGUACUCGUUGGACAAAUUAUGGAAAUGAUUUUAACACUGAUUGGACGAAAACCGGCUGUUAAAUUUGAAGUUAAAGAUCAAGAAAAAGAGAAAGGAACAGGAAGAACGCAAGCUGAACGCCUUGAUCGUAAUCAAUGGAAACAAUAUACAACAUUAAUGGCUGAUUCAGGUAGAUUUGUGGAUAUGUUACAUGGAAUAAAUUGGCAAGAUGGGCUUAGUCUUGAUAUUGCUACUGCUGUUGAAUCCUAUAUUGCAAAAGGCCGAGAUGGAGUAUCAGAAGGAAUAACGGGUGAAGGUCUUCUAUUAGAAAAUGCCAAAAAUUUUCAUGUUGCCGCCUCACGUAGUACUGCUUCACAAGAAAAUCGUAUAACAAUAGCUACUGCGCGUUAUGCAUCUGAAGAAGCAGCGGGACUUGUCCAUUAUGUAAUUGCUGUUAUAGAAUAUACAAAAUUAUGUCAACCAUUGCGUUUAGCAAAACAAAAAGUUGAAAAAAUUAAACAAGAUUUAUUAGAAGCUGAACAAAAACAAUUAGAAAAAGAAAAUGAAAUUCAACGUUUGAAAAUGAUGGAAGCAAGCCUUCAUACCGAUGUUAAUGAUAAUGAUCAUCGUAUUGUUGAUAUAUCAAAAUAUACAAUAGAAGAUUUACCACGCUUAAUGAAUGAACUUGAGGAAGCACAAAAUCGUUUUGAUGCUGCAGCUGUUAAAAAAAGUAAACUAAAAAAAGAAUAUGAAAGUUGCCAAACGCGUUUACAAGCUGCUGUUAACGUAACACAAAGAAGAGAUCAAUCAGCUCGACCCGAUGAUGAGAGUGUCUGUUUAUCUGAUUUGGAAGAUCAAUGGGCAAAAUGGAUUGCUGAACAUUCGACACAUGAUCAAACUUUAACAAAUUGCAUUUUAGCAGCUGCUUAUAUGACAUAUUGUGCACCAUUUGAUGCAGACUUGAGAAGAAUAUUAUGUCAAAAGUUUCUUUCAUUUUGUGAACAAUAUCAAAUUCCACGAGAAGCUGAUUUGGUUUUUCAACCAAUACCGAUGGAUUCUUUAUCAAAGAAUUCUCUCGAUUAUUCAUUUACAAUGAAUAAUCAAUCAAUAGAUUCAACAGGAAAUUCUGGGCGUAAUAAUAAAGGAAAUUCAACACCAAUAACAACACUUGCGGAAUUUUUAUAUAGUCCAAUUGAAUUGAAAGAAUUUCAACUUCUUCGUCUCAUACCAACUGACAUAAUGACUGAAAAUGGAUGUAUUAUUAUGGCUGACGCUGGUCUUAAUGCAUGGCCAUUGAUAUGUGAUGCAACAUGGUAUUCAAUUGAAUGGAUUCGUCUAUUUUUAAAAAAUAAAAAAUUAAUUGUUGUUCGAUAUCAUCAAUUACGUACUCAAUUGGAAACUGCAUUAUCUGAAGGCCUCCAUCUUUUAUUAACAGAUUGUGAUACAAAUACGUUAAUGGCAAAUGAAAAACUUGAAACAGUGAUAAGAAACCAAGCUCGAUUUUUAUCCAGUGAAAAACCAUUUAAACUACAAAUAGGUCAACAAGAAAUUGAAUGUAGUCCUAAAUUCAGACUUUACUUGCAUACAAUUACUCAACCAAUUUUUAUUCCAAAAGAAUUAGCAGCUUAUACAUUAACAUUAUGUUUUCAUGUUACAUUAAAUGAUCUUGAAGAAAUCUUUUUAAAUCGAUUUAUGAGCGAAGAAAAAAAACAUAUUCAUACUGAACAACAUGCAUUAUUACAAGAAAAAGUUGAUACUUUAAAGAUUAUUGAUCCGCUACGACAAAAUAUAACAAAUUUUCUUGCAUCAGAUUCAUUAAAUUUAUUACAAAGUGUCGAACCAACAAAACGUUUAUCAGAUUUAAAGAAAGCUUACGAUGAAGCUACCGAAGGAUCCCAUCGAGUUGCAUUACAAGAAGAAACUUUAUUGAAAACUCGAAACAGCUAUAGAAAAUUAGCUCAACGAGCAGCUGCUUGCUACAAUAUAAUGCAUUAUUUACGGCAGCUUUCUUCGAAAUAUGUUAUGCCACUUGAACAUUUCAUUGAUUUAUUUGAUUCAUGUAUUUCGCAAUCGGAAAAACAUUCCAUGGGAACUGUAAUGACUGAAUUAACUAAGAGUUCAUUUAUCACAAUGCAUCGAAUAUUGAAUGAUCGUGAUCGACGUGUGUUGGCAAUUUAUUUUGCUAUGGAAAUUGAAUCAUUUAAUCGCCGUCAAAAUCAACAAGUAGAUACUAGUGUCCCAACUGGCGAACGUGAAUUUAUUAUAUCACCUUCGUGGGCUAUUUCAUUAUUACAAAAACGUGGAGCUCGUGUACCAAAUGAACAUCGGUUUUGGUCGUAUAAGAAACCAUUUGAUUGGAUGACAGAUGAAGCUUAUCUAAAUCUUCAAUAUUUAGCUAUAUAUUUUGAUUGGUUUUCUGAUGGAUUCGAACGAAUGGGAAAAGAAGGUCAAGAAGCUAAAUGGCGUCCUUUAUGUGAAGGUGAAACAGAAAACUAUCCACUACCAUCACCACUUGAACAACUGGAACCAAUACAAAAAUUUUGUAUUGUACGUGCUCUAAGAAGUGAUCGAUUACUUCAAGCAUCAACUGUCUAUGUUACGAAUGUUUUUAAUCAAGACUCAAAUAAAACAAAAUCUUUAACACAAGAACAUCAUAUGAACCAAGCAUCCUCGUUAUCAUUACAAGCUCAAUCAACAUCGCGUUCAACAACUAUACCAGUAACACCAACACUUCAACAAGAUGCUGAUUUACUAACACGUCAAAGUAGUCAACGAUCGGUUUUAUUAUUCUACGAUGAUGAACCAGAUGAAGUUGUAAACUUUUUCUUAUAUUGUACAAAUUUAAUUCAAACAGAUUCAUCAACAACAACACCCAUGUUUCAAGUUGUUCAUGUUUAUGGUAAUGGACCAAAUGAAGAACGAAUAUUAAAGAAAGCUUUAAAUAAAGCAUUAAAUAAUAAUAUUUGGCUUUUACUUCACUGUAUUCAUAACAGUCCACCAUUUUUAUCCCAUGUUGAAACAGCUCUAUGGGAACUUCGUUCUAAACGUUCAUUACAAACAUCAUCAUCACAACCUCCGAUGCCGCGUAUCUGGCUUAGUAUUCAACGUUCAUAUUCAUUUCCUUCGUCACUUUAUAAUUUAUCUUUAAUUGCUUAUAUUCGUACACCCUUAUCGAUGAAAGAAGCUAUGACGCGAGCAUUUUCUUUAAUUGACAAUGAUCUACUUCGUCAUUCAGCAAAAGUAGAAUGGAUACCAUUGUUGCAUAAUAUUUGUUAUCUUCAUUGUGCACUUAAUCUUCGUACAAGAUUUGCUCAGGCUGGUUGGGAUUUACCAACAUUAACAUCCUAUACAAAUGUUGAACUGACAUCAGCAUUUCAAGUAGUUGCUCGUGAAUUUGCUUUAAGUGAUCAAUCCAUUGUUCGACUGGAAUCAGCUCAUACAAAUAGUGCUGUAUCAAAUGAUGCAAAUGUUCGACAAUUGUCUUGGACAUCGAUUCGUUAUGCAUUGUCAGAAUUGAUUUAUGGUGCAAGAGCAUUAACUGAAUAUGAUCAACGAGCUAUUGCAAAUAUAGUUGAUUUUUGGAUUCAACCAGGAUCAGUGAAGAAAGAUUUUGAAUUUUCAAAAAUAAAAUAUAAAAUUCCAACUAUUUUUUUUGCACAACAACCAAAAUUAGGACAACUACAACAAGCACUUGAAUCACUUUCUAUACAUCAACUUGAUGUACCAGAAGCGUGUCAUCUUCAUUCAACAAAUGAAACAAAUCUCGGUGAUGAUCUACUAAUAAUUAAUCGUCUUAAUCGAAUAAUUGAUGCGUUGCCAACCAAUAUUUCCCUUAGUGCAGCAGUUCAUCAACGACCAAAUACGCCUGUCGAAGAUGUGACAAUUAAUACAUCUCUCUCAUCUUCAAAUGUUAUGUCAACCACAUUCAGUUCAGCAGCUCUUUAUUCAUUUGCAAACAAGAAAGCUAUUGCAUUAGAAGAAUAUGCUGCACUGAUAUUAGCUUCAAAAUUACCUAAAGUAUUAACAAAGGAUCAAAUAUUGGAUCGUGCUCGGCGAAAUGGUACAGCGAUUAACAGUCCAUUUAACGUAUGGAUAAUGCGUGAAGCACAAUUAAUGACUGAUCUUGUAACUCUUAUUCGAUCAAAUUUACAAGCCAUCAAAGUUGCUUGCGAUUUCAAUCAAUUAGGCACACAAUGGUCAAUAGACUUAGCUAAUGUAGCAUAUGCUUUAUACUAUCAACGAGUACCUGAUGUUUGGCGUGAAGCUGUGGGUCCCAGUGCGCCGUCACCGACGUGGGGCUUAAAUAAUUUUUUUCCUGAUUUAAUUAUGCGAGCGGAUCAUAUUGAAAAAGUACUUACUAAGGGUCGUGAAAAACAUCCAGCUUAUAAUCUAUCUGCAUUUUUUCAUGCUUCAUCAUUAUUUGGUAUUUUUAAACAAGAGGUAGCGCAUGCACUCAAUCUUUCCGAUGAUGCUAAUAAUGGUUCGCUUAUAUUUCAAUGUGAACUAACGCCACGUGAUCGCGAACAUAUUCGUGAACCACCUAAAGAUGGCAUAUUUAUAUAUGGUCUUUAUCUAUGGGGUUGCAGUUCGGAUAAGAAUGCUGUUGAACAUGGAAUUUCUGAUGGUCCAUCAAGAAAUCGUGAUGCAUGUUCAUCGUUACCUGUUAUUCAUCUAACAUGUGUGUCAGCAGAUAAAGCUGCUCAACUAGUUGCACAACAACAAUCUGGUGCUGACACAAAUAGUAAUAGCCGAACGGCAACAUUGGAUGUUUAUUCAUGUCCUGUCUUUUAUAAACGCUCGAUUGAAAGACGUUCAAAUGAAGUCGUUUGUGAAUUAGAUUUAUGGAAAAAGACCAACAAUGUUAGUCAGACGUCACGAUGGGCAUGGCGAGGUGUUUGUAUGACUGUCAAACCUUAUUAA